AACAUCAACAGUCACAGACAGGCACACGCACACUCGCUCACUCACUCACUCACUCACUCUUCCAUCAUGGAGGUGUUGCUCUGCGUCUUGUUGUUUGCUGCUAAUAGAGUUUGGAGCUCUGAGGAUGGUACAUGGGCAGUGCACAUGCAGCCGGAGGUGCGCGGCCUGGCGGGCUACCCAGUGGUUGUACCCUGCACCUUCAGCCACCCACGACAUUCCCAGCAUGCAUCAGUGCGGGUGCACUGGCGUCUGGUUGGCAGUCAAAGGACCACCGUCCUCUACCACUGCACCAGUAAAGCAGGAGCCUCUGCCUGUGAGCCCGGGCCCCAGCAGGACCCACGAUACCGGCUGGAGGGCGAACCUCGCCAGCACGAUCUGUCCCUGCGCAUAAAUGACGCCACCCUGGGGGACAGUGGGCGCUACUACUGCGGCCUGGAAGUGGAGGGAAGAGAUCACAAGAGCGUGGAGGACAACUUGGGGACCCGGCUGAGGGUGGAGGCGCCACCCAACAUCCUGUCCUUGUGGGUGGUGGCCAGGGAAGGCUUAAGCUACACAGCUGAGUGCCGAACGGAGGGCUCGCCGCCGCCCGACAUCCAGUGGCUGCGCCCCGACCACCCGCUGGAAGUUUCUACAGCGGGACCCCUCAAUCUGACCGGCGACCUUGUCAUCAGCCGGCUCCAGGAUAUCGAACCCGGAUGGCAGGUCACAUGCUCUGGCUCCAACCCACUCGGGAAAGAUAAGGCCACCCUAUACCUGCUGCCCCCUCAUACACCCCCACUCAAGGAUGGGGCACCGCCCCAUCUUCUUCUGCUCCUGGUUCUGUUUCUGGGGUCCAAAGUAACCAUGUUGGUGGGGAUUUGGGUAUGGCUGGUGCCUAAGGGGGCCCUCUUGUGGAGGCGACCCCCCCUAACCCCCGUGCGCCGCCCUGAACCGCUAUCCCCACUUUGAACGUUUGGAAUUUUAAAUAUUUGGAACAAAGUCCACUAAAGUUUGGAUUUUGUGUCUGCUGCCACCUCCUGGUCACUUGAAUCAUUACUACCUUUUUAUUAUAGCGAAGAAGACAGACACACCCAGAGCACGACUUUUUAUCGCUAGCCAGGCUUGCUAAAUUCUAACAGGCAUGUUUUUCACAUCAAAGGUUUAUCAUUCAUUAAUUAUUUAAUCCGCUUAUCCUGGUUGGGGUCGCGGGCGCUGGAGCCUAUCCCAGCUGACUUCGGGCGAAAGGCGAACUACACUCUGAACUGGUCGCCAGUCAGUCGCAGUGCACUAAUUAUUUCAUUAAUUUAUAAUUAGCAUGAGCUUAGCAAUAGAGCUACCUCGCUAAGUACGAACUGUAAGCAUGGCUACAGCAUGGAGAAGAUUUCACAAAGUUAAAAAAGGUUACAAAAUACUAAAAAGAAGAAACUACAAAGAUACUACAAGAGAACAAAAAGACACAAAUCCCUACAAAAAGAUGAAAAAAAACACAAUAAAAGGCUAAAAGACAACAAAAAGAUUUCAAAGAUGUCAAAAAGACAAUGUUUUUGUCUUUUGUCAUUCUUACGGCUUUCACGUCAACAUACUGUUUUCUUGCUAAUGUGGUUAACUGCUCCAUGUCAACAUACAAAUGCAGUUAACUGGUUCCACAUCUUACACACACUCACAAAAAGACUGGAGAAGAAAGACUCCAAAAAGACUACGAGACAAUAAACAGCUAACAGAAAGACUACAAAAAGUCUAUACUACAAAAAGACUAGUAGACUAUGAAAAGCCAACAAUCACUACAAAAAACUGAAAAGACUACAAAACAGUAGAGCGUGUAAGUGUUUUAGUCGUGCAUGUGAAUUAAAUAUUUUUCAAUAGCU